AUGUAUAACCCACAUUGCUUUGCUAGGCAGCAUGGAUUUAAUCAAAGAUUAUCAGAUGACAUCAAUUAUAAAACCUUAUUAGCUAGUGAAUCUGAGAAUUUCAAAUUCAAAGCUCAAACUGAUGGGUCAGGGAAGAGGAAAUCCCUUCCUACAGUAGCUAAAGCUCAUUCACGUCUUCGAAAACGAGACACUUUAAAGGAUUGUUUGAAUUCUCAAGAACAACCAGCUCUGAAGAUGUUAAAGGUCACAACACCUGUUUCAAGAUCAGCUAAUGUUCGAUCUGUUCAUCCUUUAAACAUCCCAGAGUCUGCUGAAAUGAGUUAG